GGGAAAUCAACGAAUCUGACCUCUACACCUGUGGAGUAUAAAAGAGCGGCGUUGGUUCAGAGAGAGCAGACGAGCUGGAGGAACUGCAAGAAUCACUGUGAGAGUCACCGGCAGAAUCACUACUGAACAAUGGAAUCUGCUGCCAUGGAAGUUGCGGCGCUCGGACGGCCUUUCGGCCUUGGGAUGCUGUAUGACUGUCGCAACGAGUGCCUGGUACCAGGAAUGACUCUGUGGGACGAAGACGAUCUGAAGAAACACAUUCGAGAAAGACCACAGAAAUAUAAUAACUUUAAAGUUGAGGCAGCUCAAACAACUGAAAGCAAGUUUUCCGGCCUAGAUGUCAGCGGAUCUCUGAAGCUGAGCAUCAUGGGUGGAAUGAUUCAGGCUGAAGGAUCUGCCAAGUACCUGAAUGACAACACGAAAUCCAAGGACCAGGCCAGGAUGACUCUGACCUACAAGGCCACCACCAAGAUCCAGGAACUGUCCAUGGACCAUCUGGGGAGCAUGAAGCACGAGUCCACACAUAACGUAGCUACGCAUGUGGUGACAAGCAUUCUUUACGGGGCCGACGCUUUCUUCGUCUUCGACCGCGAGGUGUCUAAAGAUGAAAAGCAUGACCUCAUUCAGGCAGAGUUUAAGUUGGCAGUCAACGACAUUCCCAAUACUACCAUAGAAGGUAAAGCUUCUGGCAAAAAGGAAAACACAGAGAAAAAAAAUGCUGAAAAGUUCUCCUGUACAUUCUACGGAGACUUUGUUCUGGCUGAGAAUCCUCUGACAUUCCAGGAUGCGGUGAAGGUCUACCAGAAUCUGCCGCGGCUGCUGGGACCCAACGGGGAGAACAGCGUCCCGGUGAAGGUCUGGAUGUUGCCGCUGACGUUGUUCGACAACUCCGCUGCUAAACUGGAACGUCAGAUAAGUUCAGGGUUGGUUCAAGAAGCGCACAGGCUCCUGGAGAACUUCGGCGAGCUGGAAGUGAGGUGCAACGACGCGGUGAAGACCACGGCGGGGCAGUUCCCUCAGCUCACAUGGAAGAUCAAGACCUUCAGAGAACUGUGUUCCGACUUCAGGCUGGAGUUCCAGCAACAACUGGCCGAGAAGCUACCGCUGAUCCGUGGAGGACAGGCGGAUGAGAAAGUCCUCGCAGACAUCCUGAAGAAGAGACGUUCCUCUCCCUUCAGCAAUUGGAAACUGAACCAGUGGAUGGACAGUAAGGAGACCGAGAUCAGCAUCCUCAAAUCCCACAUCGAAAUGAUGAAGGACACGAAGAUUGUCUCUGCUGAAAAGCAGCUGUACGCCGAAACCCUGAGCGUAGAACAUGCCGUGUGCUUCUUCUUCCCCUUCCUCGGAAGUGACGAACCAUAUCUCUCAGAGUUAUCGAGCUACCCGAAUCCACCUUCGGAUCCACCUUCCCCAACAAUCGACAAAAUGGGGGUUCCGUGGUUCACCGCUGAAGGAAUUUUAAAAGGAAUGAAGAACAACGCAAAGCUCUUCAGUGACCUCGCAGAAGCCAACAAGAAGAACAAGAAAAUGAAGUUCCUUGCAGUGAAUUCACUAAACAAGAUGCAGCAAGAUUCAGCCAUCUACCUUUAUGAAAACGCCAUUCGCAGCCCCUUCGAGUCUCCGCCAAAGCCUGAAUCUGUGACGGUAGUUGAAACAAAACCCAACAGUGUGACUCUGAAGGUUUCUCCCCCCAAAGAUGGAGCAGAGAACAUCACCUCCUACUCUGUUGAGUUCUGCAUCAAUGGAGAGGAAGGCUGGAGACAGGAGACAGCACUGAAGUCUGGAAAGGUCACGCUGAACGACCUGACACCAAACACAGAGUAUGUGGUCAGAUGCAGAGCAGUGACCUCAGCAGGGGUCGGACCGGCCUAUGAUGUCGCAAAUCCCAUCAGAACCUCAACUCCAAGAGGUGCUGACAACAGACGUGAUGAAGACAGACGUCCUGACGACGAAAAGCGUGAUGAUUCGUUUCCAUAGAGCCAAACUGGAGAUCUUUUCCCAAACAAAUGACUUAAUUCUCUGUCUUUAAUUAACGGUGAUUUUAUUUUGAAAUGAAAGGUCCUAUGUUGGUCAUAAACUGUCACGUCUCCAGUCUUCAGGCGCUUCUGGAUGCAGGUCGGUCCUCUGUACCACAUCCUUAUGUGGGUUCCUGGAGGGAACCUCCUUGUCCCGGUUGUUGAUUCACUUCUACAAUCUUCUGUUAACAUAUUUUGCCGAGUUUCAAAACGUGAAAAAUGUGCAAACCAGUUGUGUCUAAUUGCAAAUGAGCAUAAACGUGUGAGUUGCUCCUCGAGCCUCGUACUGCUGUCACUGGGUUUAAUGGUGUCUGUUGAUGAAAUGUUGUUGUAUGUGUGAUGACACACAAUAAUAAUAGUAAUAAUAAUAAUAAUAAUAAAAAGGAAAUUCAU